UGCCCGGGUGAAUAUAAAAAUGCAGUUUCCGGCUUUCGAUUCAACUGUUCUCUAGAUUCUUCAGAGGCAGUAGUAUCAGGCAACCUGCUGAGCUGCACCGGGCUACCACACCCAGUCUGUCCAGUCAUGGUGAUGUUCAAGAAGAUCAAGUCUUUUGAGGUGGUCUUUAAUGACCCCGAAAAGGUGUAUGGCAGUGGGGAAAAGGUGGCUGGCCGAGUGGUCGUGGAGGUGUGUGAAGUCACUCGAGUCAAAGCUGUCAGGAUCCUGGCCUGUGGAGUGGCCAGAGUCCUCUGGCUGCAGGGAUCCCAGCAGUGCAAGCAGACCUUGGAUUACCUGCGCUAUGAAGACACGCUUCUCCUGGAAGACGAGCAGACAGGUGAGAAUGAGAUGGUGAUCAUGAGACCUGGAAACAAAUACGAGUACAAGUUUGGCUUCGAGCUCCCGGAGGGACCUCUGGGGACCUCCUUCAAAAGCAAAUAUGGGUGUGUGGACUACUGGGUGAAGGCUUUUCUUGACCGCCCCAGUCAGCCAACUCAGGAGACAAAGAAAAAUUUUGAAGUAAUGGACCUAGUGGAUGUCACUACACCUGAUUUAAUGGCACCUGUGUCUGCUAAGAAGGAAAAGAAAGUUUCCUGCAUGUUCAUUCCUGAUGGGCGGGUGUCUGUCUCCGCCCGCAUUGACAGAAAAGGAUUCUGUGAAGGUGAUGAGAUCUCCAUCCAUGCUGACUUUGAGAAUACCUGUUCCCGCAUCGUGGUCCCCAAAGCUGCCAUUGUUGCCCGACACACUUACCUUGCCAAUGGUCAGACUAAGGUGCUGACACAGAAGCUGUCAUCAGUCAGAGGCAAUCACAUUAUUUCUGGAACAUGUGCAUCAUGGCGUGGCAAGAGCCUUCGGGUGCAGAAAAUCAGGCCUUCUAUCCUGGGCUGCAACAUCCUUCGGGUUGAAUACUCCUUACUGAUCUAUGUUAGUGUUCCUGGCUCUAAGAAAGUCAUCCUUGACCUGCCUUUGGUAAUUGGCAGUAGGUCUGGUCUGAGCAGCAGGACAUCCAGCAUGGCUAGCAGAACCAGCUCUGAGAUGAGUUGGGUAGACCUAAACAUCCCCGACACCCCAGAAGCUCCUCCUUGCUAUAUGGAUAUCAUUCCCGAAGAUCACCGGUUGGAGAGCCCUACCACUCCUUUGCUAGAUGACACAGAUGGCUCUCAAGACAGUCCUAUUUUUAUGUAUGCCCCUGAGUUCAAAUUCAUGCCACCACCAACAUAUACUGAGGUGGAUCCCUGCAUCCUCAACAAUAAUGUGCAGUGAACAUGGGGAAGAAAAGAAGCAGCUGAACCUACUUGUUUCUUUUUGCCUCUCUUACUGGACUCUUUUUCAGAGAUGCAACAGUCUCUACAUGGGGUAGAGUCCACUGCAGCUUCUGACUCCACAAUGUAGGAGGUGAUCAGCAGUCAAACUCCUCGGCCUUAAGGGUGUACACUCACUCAGUCCUCAGUCAGCUGAGUUGUGAUCUAAGAGUGUUUGCUGGAUGGAUUCAAAAACACUCUAGAAAAACUCUAAGUCCAAUCCAUUUUCUUAGAUCGCCUUGAAAACUUUAAGGCAUUUCCAGUAGUUCUGAGUAAGGAAUAGAAAUGGCUUCCUGGUAUAGACUUCCCUCAGGUCUUUUUGGAUGGUAUGCAAAUUGUGAUAACAUCAGAUCUCGAACUUUUGUGCCAUGUGGAACACAGCCAAUUUAUCAGACUUGGAAAAUGAAAGGAGAAAAAAUCAUGGCCAGGAUUUUUGGGAAAAGAAGAUCUUAAAGUCAGUGUUACCUUUUGUAUACAAGUAUAGAAAUGAAAAAGAAACUCUACAGGGCUGAUUUGAUUUGGACUUUGGAGAGAGCUUCCUAUAAGAAUUAAAGGGAAGAAGAUCUCAAGUUGUCUUUGCUUAGAAUGUACUUUAAUCUGGCUUAAAGCAGUAGUAGCCAUGCCCAACUGAAUGUCUUAAAAGCCAUAUAUCUAUUGCACUGUGUUCUCCUGCUGCAAAUAUUCUCGUGUGGGAGAAUGUGGUUGUGUUUUAUGUGACUCCUUGGAAUUGAUUCUAAGGUGAUAUUCUUAGCACUUUAGUUUCUGCAAAAAACUUUUUUCUAUCUAAAUGUAAGCUAAAACUAAUAUGUGAGCACCGACGACAAAAUUUUUCUUCCACUACUACUUUUGAGACUUUGUUCCAGUGUAUAGAAUUCUCUGAUUCUGACACUAUAAACCUAUAGAAAGUGUUGCUGCUAUCACCCUUUUGCCCACUUUGAGUUCUUCAGACCCUAAGGAGAAAUUCCAGAACAAGAUGCCCCAACACUGUGAUCAGAACCUCCAGCCAUUGCCAUGAGAAACUGGAGGGCACAUCUUCACAAGAUCCCCAGGGCUUGCUUUCUGGCCAGUGCUAGGAAACAGGAAUGUCACCAGUGCCUUUCUCUGCAGCCCCUAGCAGUUGGUCAGCCACCCUAAGCCUUAGCACUUUGUUCACUGUCCUGUGUUAGAGCAUUGAAA